GAUGCUAAUACGCAUGCGGUACAGUAACGCAAUGAGAACGCUUGUUAUUUAGAAACUGAUAGAAUAACGUUAGAGGAAGCAUUUUCAUACAACCCUGCAUACAGCUAUCGUAAUUUUCGUACACCCAGCAACCAAUUCUGUUGAACUCAUUACAGGCUUAGAACACUGACAUCACACAAUAUGUCAGUAAAUCUGAGUAAAAACGGCCCUGCCCUUACAGCAGCAUAUAAAGAAGUGGUGGAUGAGAAAUCUAAAACAAACUGGGCCUUGUUCACCUAUGAAGGAAAUACCAAUGACAUUCGGCUUGCCGAAAAGGGAGAUGGUGGCUUGGAAGAGCUCAUAGAAGAGUUGAACAGUGGUAAAGUGAUGUAUGGGUUCUGCGGCGUUAAAGACCCUAACUCUGGCCUACCCAAGUAUGUUCUGAUCAACUGGACAGGUGAAGGGGUGAAGGAUGCCAGAAAAGGAAUCUGUGCCAAUCAUGUUAGCUCCAUUGCUAAUUUUCUCAAGGGGGCCCAUGUGACCAUAAAUGCUCGUGCAGAUGAGGAUGUCGAACCUGAGAUCAUUAUGCAGAAAGUGGCAAAGGCUUCUGGUGCUAAUUACAGCUUCCAUAAAGAGUCUAACCGCUUCAAAGAUGAUGGACCUCAAGGUCCUGUGGGCUCAGUGUAUCAGAAGACCAAUGCCAUGUCAGAAAUAAAGAAAAUCAAUAAAGACAAUUUCUGGGCUCAAGCUGAGAGAGAUGAGGAAAAGAGACGUCAAGAAGAACGGCGUAAAACAGAAGAAGAGCGGCAGCUGCUGGAACAAGAGAGAAAAGAUCGGGAGGCAAAGGAAGCCAUGUCGAGGGAGAAAAGGGACAAGGAGAGAGCAUCUCAAAUUAAUGACCAGAAGAAAUACCAGCAGCAACAGGAAGUUGAUAAGAGCGAAAAUGAGAGACAGCAGUCGUGCAUCAGCAACACCAGAGAGAUGUUCAAACAGAGGGAGAGGGGCAUCACUCCUGGUAAUGUUGACACCACUGCAUCUUGUCCACAGCCAGGGCGAUUGCAAAGCCCUUUUCUAUCUAAGCUGCAAUGUGAGCCAGAUAGGCCACCAUCAUCCUUUCGCCAACCAAUCCUGAUGCCUGCCACAUCUGUCACAUCUGUACCUGACACAGAGCUGAAUGUGAAAGAUGAACCCAACCACGAAAGUAAGGUUGUCACCAUCAAGACAGAAAGUGAAGUUAUUACUAAGCAGUACAAAGAGCCUGAAGAGAAGCAUUGUGAGCCAGAGCCAGAGCCAGACAGCUUGCAUGAGGAGCCAGCCCAGGUGCAAGAGCAAAGCAGUCAUGAAGAUGUAGACAACAGGGGCAUUUGUGCACGUGCACUUUAUGACUACCAAGCAGCUGAUGACACAGAGAUCUCCUUUGACCCUGAUGAAAUCAUCACUGGCAUUGAGAUGAUUGAUGAAGGCUGGUGGCGGGGAUUUGGUCCAGAUGGCCACUUUGGAAUGUUUCCAGCGAAUUAUGUUGAGCUCAUCUAAUACAGUAAUCCAGACAAUUGGCAGAACACCGAUUGACCACAGGACUAAGUCACAGAAUCUCUCAAAAGGAACCAGCAAUGAAAGACCCCUUUUUUAUUGGAAGCACCUGCACUGCAACUAUGAGUAUACUUCAUGACAGUCAUGUAAUGUGAGAUUAUUUUCCAUCUUAUGUCUCACUGCUGGUGCAGUUAUUGUUGUGUGUGUGCUUUCUGUUUGUUUGUUUUUUGAGUGUUCACAUUUAUCAGGUAUGCAGCAGAAGUGAGUACACGCCCGUGUAUUGUCACACACAUGUCAAGUAAUUAAUCAGUCAACCUGGGUUUGAUUCCCGCCGUUAUGAGUCUGUGUCGCUUUGGAUAAAAGCGUCUGCUAAAUAUCAGUCAAUUUAACUUUUAACUUUUAAUUCAAGUUUGUAUCACCGUAAUUACAUUAUUUUUAAGUUUAACAUUAGGAUCUGUGCUCUUAUGUAAAACUAGAGAUGUGGUUCCUGAAGGAAAUACCUGUGCAUGCAAAGUGUUGGUCGCUAUGGCGUUGCUUUGGUUCCUAGCGUUUUGCUAGGGCUGAAUGGAGAGAGACCGAGAGAAAGGGCUCCGCUGCGCGUCGGGGUCCGGUUCGCCCUGUCGGGACCUAUUUCCAGAUAAUGACCGCCGUUCUAUACAUUAUCCCUUACAAGGAUUACAGUGUUACACAACAUUCUGGAGAGAUGUACUACCAGUCUUCAGCAACAAUUUAACUUAGCUGCACUUUGUUGAGGUGGUUGUGUUGCCUCUAAAUGUACCUUUAAAACACUGCAAUCCUGUUCUAUUGGCUUCAAGGCAGGUGACAUACUUGGCCAGGUAAUAGUUGUGACUUUUUCUUCUUCAGAAACUUUUUUUUUCCAAGCUUCUGGAGAUUGGACCAAACAAUCAACCAAUCAAUCAGUCAAUCAAUUUGGUAUAUUAUUGUGCAAUAUCACCAUGAAGCAUGGUCCUAAUACACUUUACACAUUAACAAGAAAAUACAACACAACCACUGAAUAAAAUCUUGUUUUUCAACACAACCACUGAAUAAAAAUGUAAGUAUAAGAGUAAAAUGGAUGUAAUCUUGUCAGUAUUGUGGUGUAUUUACAGGCAUUCAUGGUGCCAUCUAUAAAGGACAACACUUGAACACCUGUUCACCAUAACACAUUCCCAAUUUUAACUUUGAAUAUAAUUUGAUCUCAUCUGAACAGAAAUGUGCUUCCAAUAUUCAUCAGGUUUAUGCUGCAUUGACAGUAUGCACAAUGCAUCCUUUGCACUCUCAUUGGUCAUAAAUACUCAGAUUUCUGUUUUCAGAGUUAUACUGUGUAAUGCACAAUCUUUGGUGUCAUUUUAGUAUGACAGCCACUGUGACUCUUAUUAGUAGUGCUAUGGCACAUUCUAUACCUCUUCUUUUUUGCUGUGAUUGUGUUGCUGUGAUUGUGCUGAUUUUUUUAGCUGGUCACUAAUUCCUGUAUCCUUUACUAUCUUUGUGAAGGCUCUGAAUUAGAUUUUCAAUUCUUCUGGCAAUUCCAUGGUUAUUAUUUCAUGGAAUUAUAGACACAUACAGAUACAGCCCAUAUGUUCAAAAUUCAUUAACUUCUGUUGGUCACUUUAUAGCACAGUAAAUCACAUUUACAUGUCAGCGAUCACAGGUGUAUUCACUCUUGAGUUUCUAAAGUUGUUGUUUCUUGUUUUUGUUUGUUCAUAAGAGGAAAUACUAUACUUGUCAACUUGAAAAUAAUGCAAUUAUUGAGAGGCAAUACCAUCUUUUAAUAAUUUUACAUAUAAGUGAUAUUACACUGGGGUUUACUCACUUCUGUGGUAUACUGUUUAUAAUUUGAAUACUAGCCAAGUCCCAAUUAAGACUUAAAAUUACUAUUAUUUUGUAAGUAUUUUCUUUGUUGUUUCUUAGUUUGUUUUCCAAAGAAAUGACUGUUUAAUUAUUGUUCAAAUCAAUUUUAAAUCAGUAACUUAAUCAGGUAACUUGCUACAUUCCUCAUGUAUUAUGCAGUAUCCCUAUUUUGUACAUCUGACAGACAUGGCUAUUGUUCUUUAUUGUGCUCCCUGUAAAUUGUGUGGCUAACAUUCUGAACAUAUUGAUCUA